UAUCUCCUUGGAAUGAUGCGUUCCUCUCGGUUGUCGAUAAAGUAAACGAAAGAGACUGUGUCGAGUCUUCUGUUCUCAUUUCCUGGUGGAUCGGAGACUUGGGAUCGAUAUCGAACCCUUCCGGGGCGGUUGAUUCCAAGAAUUCGUGUGGUAAGAAGUGUUUCCCCCUGUUUUUCUUCGCCAAAUCAAAGAAACCGCGUUCCGACCUCGAGAAAGAUCCGAUUUUUAGCAUCCUCAGCGAACUAUUAGGGUUCGUGGUUUGUUAGGUUGAUGCGCUGUUUGCCCUCAAUUGCUUCUGAUGUCGGCCAGAAUGGAGGAUGAUCCGGCCCUCACUGCCGUCAAGAACUCGAUUCGGGCCCUCGGAAGGGGCUUCGAUGCGAACUGUGACACUAGGCUGCUCUACUGCAAGGGAGCCGCCGGGUCGCGGGUGGUCGAGGUCGACGAGCAGCACGCGAGGGAUCUGCCGAUCGGAGAUGGACUUGUUGUGUCUAAUGUCUCGAGGGACGUCAAGUGCACUCUUGAGAGCCCUCGACGAGAGAGUGUUGGUGCUUGUGGAUUCUAUGAGAUGGCAGAGCAUUUUAACACGAAAGCUCUUCUAUCAGGAAAUAUUCCAUUGGGAAAAUUUAAUUCUGCUUUCAGCUUUAGUGGAUCAAAGAAAAUUGAUGCUGCUGCUACAAAAAGCCUUGCAAUGGAUGGGAAGUUCAUUCCUUUGUGUAAGGUUCAGCUGACAAAACACCCUUCGUUAUUACGGGACAAUGUAAGAGCUGCUGUGCCACGUUCAUGGGAACCAUUGUCCUUAGCAAGAUUUAUUGAGAAUUAUGGUACUCACGUUAUCACGUCAAUUACUGUUGGUGGUAAGGAUGUGAUUUAUGUGAAGCAGCACAUCUCAUCGACGUUAUCGAUCACAGAAAUCAAGAAUUACAUCCAGGAUGCGGGAGAUCAGAGAUUCUCUGAAGUUGAAACCCGUACAAGUUCAGGUCCAAUGAGAAUGAAGGGAAAGGCUGUGGAUCCUUUUAUAUUUAACAGUCAAGGGAUAUACCCGCAACCGCUUAGUGCUCCGUAUCUCAGUGCAAAAGAGGAUGUAACUGUCAUUUUUAGGAGGAGGGGAGGGGAUGACCUAGUACAGAACCAUGUUGACUGGGCCAGAACUGUUCCUUCGGCACCUGAUGUCAUUGAAAUGACCUUCUUUCCCAUUACUUCUCUUCUAGAAAGUAUUCCUGGGAAGGACCACCUUGUUCGUGCCAUUAACCUUUAUCUGGAAUAUAAGCCUCCAAUUGAGGAGCUACGGUAUUUCCUUGAGUUCCAAAUCCCAAGGAUCUGGGCCCCAGUUCGAGAAGAAUUUCCAGGACAUCAAAGAAAAGAGCCAGUCUGCCCUUUUUUGCAGUUUAGCAUAAUGGGACAGAAGUUAUAUGUGAGCCAAGAACAGGUAUCAGUGAGCCGGAAGCCUGUCACCGGCCUAAGUUUAUGCUUAGAAGGUGCGAAGCAGAACCGAUUAUGCAUUCAGGUGCAGCAUCUGGCCACCCUUCCAAAGAUCCUCCAGCCAUACUGGGACACACAUGUCGCAAUCGGCGCGCCCAAUUGGAAGGGACCGGAGGAGCAAGACAGCCGAUGGUUUGAGCCUGUAAAGUGGAAGAACUUCUCCCAUGUUACCACAGCUCCUAUAGAGAACCACGAGAAUUUCAUUAGUGAUCUCUCCGGUGUCUUUGUAGUCACUGGAGCUCAGCUUGGAGUUUGGGACUUUGGAUCGAAGAACGUCUUGUACAUGAAACUUCUAUAUUCCAAAGUGCCCGGGUGUACGAUAAGGAGAUCCUUGUGGGACCACAGCCCAGAUGGCCUAGUCGGCAAAUUGAAGAGGUUGCCGAGUGGACUAUCGACGAGCUCCGACGAGUCGAGCUCGGAUUCAGAUGUGGGGAGGCUGAUGAAGUUUGUGGAUUUGUCCGAGAUGAAAAAGGGCUCAGAUGAUAUACCAGGGCAUUGGUUGGUGACCGGAGGGAAGCUCGGAAUCUUGAAAGGGAAGAUUGUUUUGAGAUUAAAGUAUUCUUUGUUGAACUACUAGAACCUGUUAUGUUGGUUACCAUCCAAAUUUUUCCUCAUUGCAUGUAAAAUAUAGCAUAUUUCAUGAACUGGAUUCCAGUAAUGAUAUGGCUUUUUCUUAUGCUCAUU